AUGACUAAGCACAGUUCCCUCGAGAGAGGGAGCUGGGAUUUCGGCGUGGAGGCGUAUUUCCUGCUAGGGCGGGCACUGUGGGAGGCUGCUUCUCAGGCAGGGUCGGCUCAGGUCCUGCGAUGCCUCGUGCGUGAGCUGCAGCUGAUGUCUGGCAGAGACGCCGAGGGCACCCGCGUGCUCUGUGACUUCCUGGCGGCCCCCUGGAUGCGGGCCCUCAUCCAGGUUCACGACCGUCUCCGGAAAUACUCCCAGACCAGGCCCGCUCCGGCCGAGCACCGGGCCCGGACUUUAUCGGAUGAGGUGGCGGAGUUACUACGCAAGGGCAAGCAGACCGAUGACACCCGCGAGCUGAGCAGCCUCCUGCGCGCACCUCAUGUCGGGGCUUUGCUCUCAGCCCACGACGCGGUGGCUCUAGAAGACUUUGAACCAAUCCUCCCGCCGCUGCCGGACAAUCUCCCCGAGGACGAAGACGCCAUGAGGAUCGUCUGCUUGGUGAGAAACAGGCAGCCUCUGGGUGCCACUAUCAAGCGUCACGAAGUGACUGGAGACAUUGUGAUUGCCAGGGUUAUCCUAGGAGGACUGGCAGACAGAAGCGGGUUGUUACACGCUGGAGAUAAGCUGGUGGAAGUGAACGGAGUCUCAGUGGCAGGAUUGGACCCAGAGCAAAUCAUCCCCAUUCUGGCUUUGUCACGGGGCGCCGUUGUGUUCAAAAUGGUUCCGGUUUCCGACCGUCCCGUAAAUGACCAGACACCGCUGUACGUGCGGGCCAUGAUGGACUACCAGCCCCAGUGGGACCCGGCCAUCCCCUGCGCGGACGCCGGCCUGCCCUUCCGCCGGGGCGACAUCCUGCAGAUCGUGGACCAAAACGAUACCCACUGGUGGCAGGCGAGGAAGGCCUCAGACCAGGGCACCUGUGCCGGCCUCGUUCCUUCAAGUUACCUUCUGACGAGGAAGAAGCAGGAGUUCUGGUCGUCUCCGUCCUUCCGGGCUCUACCCUACCACAAGUCAACACUAUUGAGCACCGUGGAAGAGGACGAUGACAUGAAAAUUGAUGAAAAUUGGGUGGAAGCAGAUGAAGAACUAUUUGAAUCUGAGGAGCUUAAAGAAGAGGAAGAGGAGUUUGCCGGGGUUGACCAGCGGACAUUUAUCGCCGGUUUCCGCCGCAGCACGCGUCUCUGUCGCAGGAGGUCCGCCCAAGGCCCGCGGCCUGGCAUCCCCCCGUGCUGCCCGGGUGGCCGUUGCGGUGGCGGAGGGGGGCCCUACGAAGAGGUGGCGAGGUACCGGAGGAGUCCAACAGAUAGACACCGCGCCAUCGUGCUCGUGGGCCCAUCGGGAGUUGGAGUGAACGAACUGAGGAGACGACUCGUCCGAUUCGACCCCGACCGCUUUCAGAGUGCGGUGCCACACACCACUCGCGCUCAGAAGAGCUAUGAAGAAGACGGCAGGGAGUAUCACUACGUGUCGAGGGCAACGUUUGAGAGCAUGGUGUAUAGCCACAGGAUGUUAGAAUUCGGCAGCUACCGGGGCCAUUUCUACGGCACCAGCGUGGACGCCGUGCGCUCCGUCUUGGAGGGCGGAAAGAUCUGCGUCCUGGACCUGGAACCGCAGGGAAUUCAGGAGGCCCGAACCCCCGAACUCAAGCCCUACGUGAUCUUCAUCAAGCCCCCCAACGGGAGCCGCCUGCGGCGAUCUCGGAAAGAAGCCACGAUCAUCACGGACUACUUUCUGAACGCUAAAUUCAAGGACGAAGACCUGCAGGAGAUGGAGGAUUCGGCCCGGAGAACGGAGGCGCGGUUCGGUCAGUUUUUCGACGAGGCGAUCGUCAACGACGACCUGGCCCGGGCCUUCGGGCAGCUGCUGUCCGCCGUCCAGAGGGCACAGGGCGAGCCUCAGUGGGUCCCCGCCGCUUGGCUGUCCGCCCGAUGA